UAUGUACUGUUCAAAGUGGCUUUCUGAACAGUUGACUGGUGAUCAGCAGAUCCGUCUCAAAGACACAAGCACAAAAGUGAGGUACGCCAUCUUCGUGCGGGGCAGGCAGCUAGUCCGAAAAGAGGCUGUUCCUGCAUGUAAGUUCUGCAUUGGGAUCGACCUACUAGACUUUCACGUUUCCGUUCCCCUGGGCUCCGCAACAGUCGAGUCAGAGUCACACCAACAAUCUACCGUCGCUACGGUAUUUCCCAGUGAUAUUCUCAGGACUGGCAUCUUUUUCUGAUAGCAGCUUUUCGGAGUUAGUGCUGUAGUGCUGCUGCUGAGUUCUCUUUUCAGAAGCCAGCCCUGACGCAUCAUUAAAUCUGGCCGACUGGAGUCAGCAGCUUUUAAGAGAAAAUCCUUGCAAGAUCGAUGCAGGGCGCCGUCUCUUCCGCUCCACCAAUGGAUGCCCUUGGUCUGCUCAAAAAAUCAGUUCCGCUCGCUCGGUCUGCCGUCGUGGCGAUCGCCACCAUUCUGAUCCUCUUUGUUUCUUGUUCUCUGCUCGUCGCUGAUCAAACCCCGCUCCAUGUUGGCUCAGGGAUCUCCCUAGCAUCCGCAUCAGCACUAGUACAGAGAUUUUUGUCACUCGGGAGCUUAGAAGCAUAUGCAGAGAGUGUUCAAGCACUGGAGAUGGAGAUGAAAAAUAUCAGCGGAAAGGUGGAGAGUUUGAAAGAUAGUCACUUAGCGGCACAGCUUGCGAUGGCCGCACUGAACCAAACAGUGCAGUCCAAAGAAGGGGCACUAGCGGCUGAGAUCCACAAUUUGCAGGCAUCAGAGCUAGCGGCAGAGCUCGCAUUGGCCACAUUGAAUCAGACAGUGCUGUUAAAAGAGGGGGCAUUUGCAUCUGAAAUUAAGACUCUGCGGGCAUCAGAUCUGGAGCACUCAAAUGCGGAGAGCCAUAGUGCAGUUUCCGAAGAGCGAUUAGAUGAGAAACCAGAGCAUAACAUUGGUGCAGAGAAACCAGUGCAGACACAAUUGGAGCGGUGCUCUUCAGGAAUGUUGCUAGGGGGUUGGCAAGAUUCAACAUACAUUCCGCUGCCUUUUGAUAUCAUGGACGUAUUUCAAGCAGAGGCAGAAGGCAAACUUUCUGCCGAGCAGGAAACGGGCUUGCAGUAUAAAGGGACAGACUUUACAUCCGUAGCAGACGCAUUUCCCUCUCUUAAGCACAAGCCCUCCAGUGAUGGGGGCUUUACUUUCCGACCGCCCUGCUUCUAUCACACAUAUUCGAAGGGGGAGUUUGUCCGCCUGUUUGCGGGGAAGUGGCUGUACUUUCUGGGAGACUCAAACACCAGGGCGCUCGUUCUUGGAUUGCUCACCAUUCUAGAUCCCACCCACAACCAGCCGUUUGACGAGCAGCGAUGGUUCAACAGCUCGGGCAAAGUCAGAUUCCCGCACGUUGAGACGAUUGAUUACUUUUUGAGAGAUGACGGGUCGAUUUUGUCAAAGUUCGGGGAGACCGGAGGGACCGUUCCGGGAAAGAACGAAGUGCCGUCGGAGCCUUACAGCGUCCGCAUCAGCUUUCGAAUGCAAUCGGAUGUGAGGCGGAUGCUUUGGUCAUUCCCCGACACUCUUGGCGAAGACAACUGGCGGCCCGACUUUUUGUACUUCAACACCGGCAACUGGGACUCGGGGGAAGCGGUCCACAACAACGUGUCGUGGUCGGUCAUCGAAGAUGCGUACGGGCCCCUCUUUGAAAAGAUUGCGACCACGUGCAAGCCUGAGCGGCAGGUUUGCGUGUGGGGCACUCUCACGAGCAACGUCCACCUGGAGCACCCGUACCAGCACUCGCGCCUCGCGCUCGCGCAGUGGCGCCAGCUGGCAAGAAUUGCGCGCGCGCAGUCCGAAGAGGGGCGUCCGAAGAGCCUGCACGUUUUGGACCGCUUUUGGGCGGCCCACGUCAGCGACCAAGGGAGGGGGGGCCACUACGGACACGAGGUCAACACUUGGGACAUCCAACGGUUGAUGCAUGUCUACCACGGCAUCGUACGAACGACCGUCGAUGUGAAGCCGCCCAAAAGCAAGCAACUAGAGACGGGGGGAAACAAGCUCCCUGAGUGCACGCUCAAAGUGGACGGGCAUCUCGCGAGCGCAAAGUGCGACUGGUUUCCGGAGUUGGUUACGUUUGGGGACGGGUGCGUCAUGGAAAGGACUGACCCGGGGGAGGAUGACGGCGGGUUACAUAUGUGGGAGCGCAACUGCGAAGCGAAAGUUGUCUACAGCACCGGAGUAGCCUGAGGAGUCUGAGGAGCCCAGCCUAGAGCAGUUCAGGCAGCGAGAUCCUCCAUUUCAAAGUACUCUAUACUCCUGCACUCUAUACUCAUGUCAUGAUGCAUCAUUGGCAGCAGUUCCGCACAUCUCAAACAAUGUGCAUUCUCGACCGCGGCUCAAUAAUUGCUCAUGAAAGCUGUUCACUAAGUUUGAGGCUUGCACGCGACUAAACUAAGAGUUGAAAUGGGUUGGAAUAGUAAGUUGCUAGCCUGGCAAGACAGGGCCGAGGAGACCUAGCUUAAACGGGGUCAGCAUGGAAAUCCUCAAGCAGAUACUCUUACUAGUUCCUUCAAGGAGACCAAAUUCUAGAAAACCGGUCUGCCCAAAUGAGUUUCUUAACAUCAUCUGAUAGAGCUAGCGAACGGAGAUCUACUGAGUUUUAGCAGUCACGGCGUUGUACUUGGAUGAUAGCGAAACUGAUCGAUGGUGUCAUAGGAAAGCUCGUAUACAUAAGCUGCGUUGUAGAGGCUGGAGAUUCCGUAGAAGCCGGCCAUAGACCCGGCCCACGGCUAUAGUAAGAUGUGGAAC